UUUUGUGGAGGUCCAUCCACCUACCACAAGUCAGAUGAACCAAAUGAAUCAUUCUGAGACUGGAGGUGAGAUUUCAGAAGGUUUUGGCCUCUGUGAAACUGAAGAACACAGUUUAUCUGAGAUAGAUCAUUCAGAACCAGAACCGUUGACCAUCCAGCUGGAGGAACAGGUGAUAAAAGUGCAUACAGAAGAAGAAAUGACUGAAGAGAACGAAGAAGAAAUAAUACAAGAAGAGACUAUGUUAGAUACAGAUUCAUCUUCCACUGAGAAGACCACAACUGACCAAACCCCCAAAGCAGUAAAAGAAAAACCCAUCCAACUGUCGUCCCUCUUCACCGGGCUGCUCAGCCCCAAGAAAGAAGCCCUUGAGGACAAGGACACUCCAGAGCAACCCCAAAGCCCUGCCAAAAGAGGACUUUUUACCGAUCAGUCUAACAAGAAAGAAGUCAAGGGAGACUUCCUAGAACAGCUUACCCAAUUCCUCAGCAAGGGGGAAGGGAAGAGAAAGCAAGAGAGCAUGACAAGCCCCCCACUGUCUCCAAUCAGUCAGGACCCUGCAGAAAAGCCUGAAACAACUGUAGAGGAGCCGGCCGUUCUCCAGUCUGAGGAAACAAACAAAUCUACAAAUGCAGAGACGGCCUUAGGUGCAUUGAAGGCUUUCUUCACAGUUAAAUCUGCCAAAAAGGACACUUCAAAUCGCAUGGACCUGGACACUGUGAAGAGGAAGAUCAACAGGGACAAAGACGUCCUCAAAGCCUUCUUUGAUAGGAGCUCAAGCAAGUCUCCAGACAACAAAGAAACAACUGAUUCCAAAGCUGAGGUGAGUGAGGAGCACACCCCAAAGCGACUUCAGACUGUUUGGCCUCCACCAAAACCCAAAGACGAAGAGGAAAAGAUUGGUCUAAAAUACACUGAAGCAGAGCAUCAGGCAGCUCUUCUGCAGCUAAAAAGGGAAUGUAAUGAAGAGGUGGAGAAGUUACAGGCUGACUUCAAACUUGAGCUCUUCCGGUUACAAAAGAAGAACGAAGAAGAUCUGUCCAGGCUAGGGACAACCAUCGCCAGCUUACAAAGAGAGAGAGACAAAGAAAGAGACGGAAAUCACAGAGAUGUUGCUGUGUCCACUGAAGACAACAUCAAGCUACGGGUCUUCCGCUCUGUGUGUAUUCAGACAGAAAGAGAGACCGUCAACAAGCCUGAGGAGGCCAAGGAAACCCAGAGCAGGGGUUUUGGCUCCCUGCCUAAAAAUGCUGACCUCAACUCAACAAAAAACUUAACUGGCAAACAAAAGACAGAUUCUCCUCCAGCACCCCCACCUGUAUCACUUCAGUUACAGAUGGAUAGCAACAAUACUCCACCCCCUCCACCUCCUCCUCCUCCUCCUCCUCCUCCUCCUCCUUGUAUUCCUAAUGUACCUCCACUUCCUGCUCAGCCACUAGAGAGGCCAGGAAGUGUGCCUCCUCCACCACCUCCACCAAUGACAGGAUGUGGUGUGCCACCACCACCGCCGCCACCACCUGUCCUCCACUCUGUGCCCCCUCCCCCUCCUCCUGGAGUUGGUAUCUUCCUCAGUAAAGCGGAAGACAAUCCUCUUCGCAAGCCGUCAGUGGAGCCGGUUCGUCCAAUGAAACCGCUGUACUGGACACGGAUACAGAUUCAAGAUGACAGGAACAAUAUGCUAUGGAGUUCCCUGGAAGAGCCAGAGAUAAUAAACACCAAUGAGUUUGCGGAACUGUUUGCUAAAGCCACAUCGCCCACCAAAAGAAAGCCCCUAUCUGAAGCUUAUGAGAAGAAAACCAAAGCCAGGAAGGUCAUUAAAUUACUGGAUGGCAAGCGCUCUCAUGCCGUGGGCAUCUUAAUCUCAAGUCUCCAUCUGGAGAUGAAGGACAUCCAGCAAGCUGUUUUGACUCUGGACAAUUCUGUGGUUGACUUGGAUGCUAUUGAAGCCCUAUAUGAAAAUAGAGCUCAGCCUGAGGAGUUAGAGAAGAUUAAGAAACUCUAUGAAACCUCAGACGAGGAGCAGAUCAAACUACUGGACAAGCCUGAACAGUUCCUGUAUGAACUCUCCCAGAUCCCUGAGUUCUCCAGUCGAGUUCACUGUUUAAUUUUUCAGUCGAAGUUCACUGACGCCGUUUCCUCCAUACAGCGCAAGACCGAGAUUAUUCUUCAUGUCUGCAAGUAUCUGUUGGAGAAAGACAGUGUGAAGGAGGUGAUAGGACUGGUGCUUGCUCUGGGAAACUACAUGAAUGGAGGCAGCAGAGCUCGAGGACAGGCCGACGGCUUCGGGCUUGAGAUUCUUCAUAAGCUUAAAGACGUCAAGAGCAGGGAAAAUCACAUUAGUCUGUUGGACUACAUUGUUUCCUACUAUCUGCGUCACCUUGAUAAGAAUGCUGGGACAGAAAAGAGCAUCUUUCCUUUGCCUGAACCUCAAGAUGUUUUCCUUUCCUCUCAAGUGAAGUUUGAUGACCUCUCAAAGGAUCUCAGGAAACUGAACAGAGACCUGACAGUUUGUGAAAAGGAUGUCCUAACUGUGUGUACCAACUCAUCUCAUGAGCACGUACAUCCCUUCAAGGAGAAAAUUGACUUUUUCAUUGGCAACGCGCAAAAAGAGCUAAUUACUGUGGAGCAUCAAGUGAUAUCGGCACGUAAAAGCUUCUCUGACCUAGUGGAGUACUUUGGACUGAAGCCACGUUGUGGAGAGCCAGAGAUUUUGCCUGGCCAUGUUUUCACACUUUGGUUUGAAUUCUGCAGUGAUUUCAAGAUCAGGUGGAAGAAAGAGAACAAGGUCAUAUCCAAACAGAGAAUCAAAGAGGCCCAACAGUCAGUGCGCAACAUGACAGCAGAGAAGAAUAUUGAGACCAGAAGGGCACAUGCAAAUGGACUGAAAGAGAGACUGCGUCUGAAAGAAGCAAGUCUGACCACCAGCUAACCCCAUCUGCCAUUACCAAAGAGGACCAGAUACUUUAUAUUUGAGACCCAGCCACUUGCACUUUUGGCAGGGUCAGAAUAAGGUGCACCUGC